AUGGCUCUGCUGAAGGUUCUGCUGCUGCUGCUGGGGCUGGGUGUUUCAGUGAACUCAGCUGUUUCUCUGCAGAAGAGAAUUAUUGGAGGUAAUUACUGUGAUAAGACGGGGCGUCUUUUUCAUGUUCGGCUGGAGGGCAUGAGUCGUUCUCAUAGAAUAUUGUGUGGAGGAUCUCUGAUCCACCCUAACUGGAUCCUGACUUCAGCUUCCUGCUGGACGUCAAAAACAGGAUGGAUUAAUGUGGCAAAGUUAAAAGUUCACCCAGGGACUUCUAAACCGAGGAUUCCCAGAAUCAAAGCCAAUCCUGUGGUUUAUGCUUCCGAAGGCUCGCAGCAUGACAUUAUGUUGCUGAAGCUUCCAAUAGAAGUAUCAGAUGUCCCACUUGCUCAGCUACCAGACUGCAGUAAUCGCCCUAAAAUUGGUGACACUGUUCAGCUGGCAGGAGAGGGAGAAACCAAUAAUCGGCAAAUAUCCAAUGCUGUUGCUGCAACACAACUUCAGUGUGUCGACAUGCCAGUUGUUGAGGCUACCCAUUUCCUGCCAACAUAUGGACAUGUAUUCUCUGCUAAAGCACAGAACAAGGAUGUGUGUUAUGGCGACUAUGGUUCAGCAGUGAUGUUCAAGGGCAAGAUUUAUGGUGUGAUUUCUCCAGGUGGAACAGACUCUGAAUGUCACAGCCCAGUUUCCAUCAUGGAUGUGUGUGAAUACAUUGGAUGGAUAAAAACAACAAUCGGGUCUAAAUAAAACAUAAACUAUCAAGAAAUAUAAUUCUCAUCAAAUUUCCUCUCAGAUAAAAUUUCCUUAUUGUAUCUUGACCAGUUUGAUCCACAUGUUUGUAGAAUUAUAAUAAAUCAAUAGUUUUGUUUUUUCUCAUCUAACCUUGAUCUCCCUAAUGGAUCUUUCUCUGUCUCAGAAAUGAAAAAUGAAUCAAUAAAUGCAUGAAAAA